AUGAAUCCGUCCAAAAUUGUUCGCGUAGGAGCUGUUCAAGCAGAGCCAGUCUGGCUUGAUCUGAACGGCAGUGUUGACAAAACUAUUGGCCUCAUCGAGGAGGCAGCCUCGGACGGGGUCCAAGUACUUGGGUUUCCCGAGGUAUGGAUUCCUGGAUAUCCUUGGAGUAUGUGGACAGCUCCAGUUAUCAGCAAUGGACACAUUAUUCACGACUACAUGGCAAACUCAAUGGAACGGGAUUCAGAACAAAUGCGCCGUAUCCAAGCCGCAGUGAAGAAAGCCGGCAUGUUUGUUGUCCUUGGGUAUAGCGAGCGAGAAGGUGGCAGCUUGUAUAUGGCACAGUCAUUUAUCUCGCCCGAGGGAGAAAUCGUCAAUCAUCGCCGCAAGAUCAAGCCGACACAUAUCGAACGUACCAUCUGGGGCGAUGGCCAAGCUGAAUCGCUCCAGUGUGUGGCUGACUCCCCCUUUGGUAAAAUCGGCGGUCUUAACUGCUGGGAGCAUCUCCAGCCACUUCUCAGGUACAACGAAUACUCGCAAGGAGUACAGAUCCACGUUGCAAGCUGGCCGGCUGAAUUUGAAAUGCCAGACCCGGCCAAGAUUAGCUGGCUCUACCAUGAGACCGGAGAGGCGAGUUAUCGAGCGAGUCAGUUUAUGGCAAUUGAAGGCCAGUGCUUUGUGCUAGUAGCUUCUCAGAUCUUGACCGAGAAAAACCUCGAGAAGAAUAAUCUGACUGGAAAUCCAGUCACCAAGACGCCUGGUGGAGGAUUCUCCAUGAUUUUUGGCCCUGAUGGAAAGCCUCUUUGCGAGCCAAUUGAUGCAGGGGCCGAGGCGAUUCUAACGGCGAACGUUGACCUUCGAGACAUUGACUAUCCUAAGGCAUUUAUUGAUGUUGUGGGCCACUAUGCUCGACCAGAUCUACUCAGUCUACUGGUGAACCCUAAGGAGGCUAAGCAUGUAACUAUAAUGAAGUAG